CCCUGUGUACUGGAAACAUGUGCAGUUGAUGUCUUGGAAAAGAUGAGGAGGCAGUUUAGUGAAAGCUGUGACCCUUUGGUUCUGAGUUGGGAAGAAAAUGUUAUACCACAGGGAAUGUACCCAGCACUGGUGGUCAGUCUCUUGAAGGAAGAAUUUAAGAUGUUAAAGAGACAGGUACCUUAUCGUAAUGCCAUCAAGCUACAAUCAACAGAUUUAGGAGUUAACGUUCUACUGGUGGAUACUAUCGAGUGGUUGGAGAUACAUUGUGAUGGACCUGCUGGUCCAGUACAGGAUGUAUGUCCAAAGCUAAGAGUCCUAGUCCAUGGAUCCAUACAGUCUGUCUCCAGCAAGUUUUCUUACAGUAGCAAUACAUUGGAGGGAACUCUUUGCCAAGCCUGUACAGCUGGUGUAUGCCGUUGUAACAAAGCUGGAACUAGUAUAACAUGCACUAAUGGUGACUGCAGUAAAGCAAGGGAAAUAGGAUCACGUCAGUCCUGCUGGUUUAAACCACCAGCUACAGAUUCGGUUCCUUGUGGAGCAUCUGCUGAUGAAGUUUCAUCUGAUAAAAGUACAAGUAAAAAAAAGACACCAGAGCUGAAACAACUAAUGAAGAUAUUCAUGCCAUCAGUUAAUCAUUAUGAGCUAAUAGGAAUAGGAUUAGAUGUUGAUGUAUCUGAUCUUCAGCCACUACCUACCAUGACUAUUAUGAACCUACGCCUUGUCUUCCAGAGGUGGAUGGAUUCAGGUGAAGAUGUUAACUGGGAUAAACUAAUUGAAGUGUGUGAGGAUUUUCCAGAGCAGCUUGGUAAAGCAAAGAAUAAACUAGACAAUUUUCUCCUGCAAACUAAAUAAAAUUUUAACUUAAUAUUAUUAUCUUUUUAUAGCUGCAUGCCACUCGACAUGAGUUAUUAAUAACAUUAU